GGAAGAGGUGGCGGCGGAUCCUGGAGAGAGAGGAAGCGAAGUUAGCGAAGCAUAGUAGGAGAGUGUUAUGCAUAUCCCUGAUUAAUAGAUCCAACGAUUGAGAUCGCAUCCCACCAUUUGAUCUAAGGGUGGAAAGGGGAACCGCGUUCACGAAGCCAACCCAAGAAUCCGUCAUCCUCAUCAUAAAUCAUAAAUCAUAAAUCAUCAUCCUCCUCUUAGACCCUCACCGCGACCUUUCUCAAAAUCCAGAUUCAACCCUUCUCUCUCUCUCACUACACACAUACUCGCGUAACGAACUCGCCUCGUUCCUAUUUUUAUUUAUUUAUUUAGGGUGAAAGAAGGAAGAAAGAACAGCCGAGAGAGGCGCUUGCCGUAACGGUAAUUGAGAGAAAAGAUGCAACCAACAUCGAACGGCUCUGAUUCGCAACCCACGGAGCAGAACCAGCAGACGCCGCCCCCGCCGCCACCGCCGCAGCCUGUGCCCGUACCGCCGCAGUGGCUCCCGAUGCAGUACCCAGCGGCUGCCAUGGUAAUGCAGCACCACAUGAUGCCGCCUCAACAUUAUGCCGCGCCGCCGCCGCCUCCGCAGCCCUAUGUCGCCUAUCACCAGUACCAGCAGCAGCUCUCGCACGUGUCGCACGCGCACCAUCAGGGAUCCAGCGUCGAGAACAAGACCGUAUGGGUCGGCGAUUUGCAUCACUGGAUGGAUGAAAAUUAUCUCCACCGCUGUUUCGCUUCUACCGGCGAGAUUUCCUCCAUUAAGGUUAUUCGAAAUAAGCAGACUGGUCUAUCAGAGGGUUAUGGAUUUGUUGAAUUCUAUUCGCAUGGCACAGCUGAGAAAGUUUUGCAGAAUUAUGCUGGGAUAUUGAUGCCUAACACAGAGCAACCUUUCCGCCUGAACUGGGCAUCAUUUAGCACAGGAGACAAGCGUUCAGAUAAUGUCCCUGAUCUUUCUAUUUUUGUAGGAGAUUUAGCUGCUGAUGUUACAGAUAGCAUGUUGCAUGAAACUUUUUCUAAUAGAUACCCAUCUGUUAAAGCUGCAAAAGUUGUUUUUGAUGCCAAUACUGGCCGUUCAAAGGGUUAUGGUUUCGUCAGGUUUGGAGAUGAUAAUGAGAGGUCUCAGGCUAUGACUGAAAUGAAUGGAGUUUACUGCUCUAGCAGGCCUAUGCGUAUUGGUGCUGCAACUCCAAGGAAAACGUCUGGCUAUCAACAAGGAAGUCAGUCCAAUGGCACAUCCAACCAAUCUGAAGCUGAUUCUACGAACACAACUAUAUUUGUCGGAGGUCUUGACCCCAAUGUUACUGCUGAAGAUCUUAGGCAGCCAUUCUCCCAGUAUGGUGAGAUAGUCUCUGUUAAGAUACCUGUUGGAAAAGGAUGUGGUUUUGUACAAUUUGCAAACAGAAAUAAUGCUGAAGAGGCAUUGCAGAAGCUAAAUGGGACAACUAUAGGCAAGCAAAUGGUUCGUCUUUCGUGGGGCCGCAAUCCAGCAAAUAAGCAGUUUAGAGGAGAUUUCGGGAGUCCUUGGAAUGGGGCAUAUUACGGGGGAGCUGUUUAUGAUGGUUAUGGGUAUGCUUUACCAGCUCCUCAUGAUCCCAGUAUCUAUGCUGCUGCUUAUGGGGCAUACCCUAUUUAUGGAGGACACCAGCAGCAAGUAAGUUAAGUGCAUUGCAGGAGUAGGACUUACCAACAGCAUCUCGCCCUUGAACAACCACAUUAACAUUCUCCCUUCUAACUUUCUCAAGAAUCCCUCCUAAUUCUGGAGUGGAGUUGAAUUUUGAUAACCAAAGCUAGGAAUUCAAUUAAUAUUAUCAUUCGUUUAGACUCAUGGGAUUUAAACUUGUUUGUUUUAAUAAUUAAGUAUGCUUAAGUUUGUCCUC